GGCUGCGGCGAUGAUCGCAAGCGCUCUAGGGCUGGCUAACCGGUCUAAUAAUAACGUUGACCCGUCUCGGUCAAGUCCCGGAAUCCAUUCACGUUGUCAUUGAACAGUCUGACUGGUCUGGCAUGUCCUGACACACGUGAGGGGAAAGCUAAACAUUGUGAUCCUCGAAGUCUACCAUGGCUGAAUCCUCCUCUGAGCGUUCCGCUGAUCGUGGGUAUGCCUGGGUGAUUCUUGGCUGUGGAUAUAUAUCUAACAUGGUUUGUGGUGUGUUGUACUAUUCCACUGGCGUGGUCAAUACCGCUGUCCUCGAUCAGAUGCAGGAGGGCGUGGUCAAGACGUCAUGGGUGGGGUCCACACUGCUUGGGACGCUGACUCUCACAGGCCCAGUCACAGGCGGCAUAACGAAGGCCAUCGGCUGUCGGAAGACAACCGUCUUUGGUGGACUUUGUAUUCUUGUUGGUCUCACGGCUGCGUAUUUUUCAAGGAACGUUGAUUCUCUUAUAGUAUCAUAUGGAAUCUGUGUAGGUUUUGGGAUUGGAUGCAUAACAACAGCAGCAUCUGUAGCUGUGGGGUAUUAUUUUGAAAAGCUUCGACCACUGGCUGCUGGGAUUCUGGUGUCAGGGGCUGGGUUAGGCAUGCUGGCUGGAGCCCCUCUUGUGAGAUUCCUCUUUGACACCUAUGGGUUGAAUGGCAUGUUCCUCCUUCUGGGUGCUUUAGGAUCGCACGCUUGUGUUGGGGGGAUGCUCAUGAGACCUCCAAAGCAUGAGGCCACAGGGGGCGAUGUGUCUGCACAAAAUAAUCGUGAGCGAGGAGAGGAAAGCAAGCCUUUCACAAAGCUGAGGAAUCUGUUACGUGAAUUCUGUGAUUUAUUCUCUCGCUACGGAUUUAUGUUAUAUGUGUCAUCAUAUGCGCUAUGGUCUUUUGGAGAAUCAGCAUUUCAAGUCCACCUGCCGAACUAUGCUGAGUCAAAGGGAACAUCGCCCCAAAACGCCGCCAUGUUAUUCACUGCGAUGGGCAUAAGCAGCACCAUAGCCCGGAUACUGACAGGGUUAGCCGGGAAUAAUCCCGACAUUGGAACUCUGCUUCUACAUACGGGGAUGUUGGGUUUAGCUGGUGUCAAUAUCAUGCUGAUUCCUGUUUUUUCCAGUUCAUUUAAACUUCAAAUUAUAGUAUGUGCACUUUACGGACUAUAUGGAGGUGGUCCAAUGGCUCUUCUCAAUCCCAUUUUAGUAGAUCUUGUUGGUGUAAAACGGCUUGCAGCAGGGUAUGGGCUGAAUAACAUGUUUGCUGGAGUUGGACUCUUUUUAGGACCUCCAUUUGCGGGUUUGGUGUUGGAGGCAACUGGACGCUAUGAUUUAUGCUAUUUUCUGGCAGGUGCUUUUCUUGUGCUUGGCAGUGCUCUUUCUAUCGCUAUCCCAGUGUUCAAAAAGAGGACUGGCCUCCCAAUCAACCUCAGCACCAGUGAUGAUCAGGAUGACUGUGUCGACUCUGAUGACAAGUCUGAAAAUGAUCACCAUUUAUUAUCAGAACAGAAAUCUAACGGUACAAAUGAAGACAGCAAUGCAGAGCUCAGCAACCGUCUGUUGGCCGGGGCAGAACAAUAUAAAGAUGGCGAUGACAAAGGUUGCUGAGAACCCAAUGGGACUGAAUAAAAAGUGUGUCAGACAGGAUUGACAAUGUAACAUUAGAGAAGAUCGCUAAUGUUGAGAUGUUCGUCAAUCAGAAAAUCAUGUAGAUGAAGUAGCUUUGCAUCUGCUGUAUUGUGUACGGCAAUGUCAAGAUGUGCCUUUCUGAGAGAAGCAAAGCGGCAGUGUUUAAGUGUUCGAUGCAAGCCAAAAACACAACCCAUCCUUUAUUGUACCAAGUCAGGUACGACCCCCGUCGUCUAACAAGCGGAAUUUCCUGUGCAGAUUGGCUUCCCUUGGGUGUGCCAGAAACCUAUGAUCGGAUUCUGUUUGUUUCUUAAUGUGUCACCACCAUACCCGUGCUCGUUGGCUUCACCAAGUUGAAUAAUGUCUUAGACUUUAGACUUUCCUGCCGCAUUAAGCUGACACGCGAUGUUAUAACUGAAGUAUUAUAGUACAAGAAUAAACUACCUCACAUUUGUG